AAUAUUGACAUCCAUCCAGUGCGCACUGUUGUUGGCUGGUUUCACUGGCGUUUUUCCAUUGCCUGCGGUUUCGGACGGUGCGAAGGUGGUCCAAAUUUUGCAGCCUACCCAAAAACGGACGUACUGCGGUAUCUACUACAGCGCAGCAGAGAGUUUCCUCCGCCCGAAUUGGAAAGUAAGAUCAGCAGCUUCAACGAAAAGGAACCUUCGCGCUUGGUGUCGCGAACAGUGAUGGUAGUAGUAGUAUAAAGUAAACCCAACCAUGAGCGUAAUCGAUUUUCUCUUCAGCAGAAACAGUCUCGCUCAGUAAAAGCGGGUUUGGCGCCGAACAUACACCCGGCACGCCAAAUAUUGUUGUUAUCCUUUCAUCAAUGCUUUUGCGUACAAAAACGUACACCAAAAAUUCGAUUCCAAAAGGUGCGGCGAAACACACAAAGAUUCAAUCUCUCUCUAUAUAUACAUAUCGGCCAUCCAGCGUGCGUGUGAGUAGAGUGUGUAGCCUUGAUGCGCGUGGUUACUAGCGAACGAGUUGGCAGAUUGUACUAAAACCACUGCUAAAGAUGAUCCGGCGACUGUUCAGCACGCUCAUUGCGGAUUACCCUCCGGCCGGGGAGUUCCUUCCGUCGGCACCCAGCAAUCGACAACCUUCCACAGGCAGUGGUAGCGGUGGUGCGGACGUAGUGCCACCGGCGUUCCGGACCAGCUCGCUACAGUCCUUGAGCUGGCUGCACGCCAUCUCGCCCUGCUUUCCGGUGUCAGGCGACCGCAUAGAGGUCAUCCGUGAGCCUGGCACGUUCUACAACACGCUGCUGGACAAAUGUUCGGUCGCGCAGCGAAGGAUCAUGCUCGCCAGCCUGUAUCUUGGCACGGGCAGCCUGGAAACGCAGCUCGUGGCCGCCAUUCACGAAAACCUCCGCAACAAUGUGCAGCUCAAGGUGGACGUACUGCUGGACUUUACGCGUGGCACACGGGGCGAGCGCAACAGCAAAACCACGCUGAUGCCGCUGGUCAAGGAGACGGACAAUUUCCGCCUCUCGCUGUACCACACGCCGGUGCUGCGUGGGCUAACGAAACGCCUUGCGCCACCGCGAUGGAACGAGCUGCUCGGCAUACAGCACAUGAAACUGUACCUGGUGGACGAUACGGUCAUCAUUUCCGGUGCGAAUCUGUCCAACGAUUAUUUCACCAACCGGCAAGACCGGUACGUCAUGAUCGAGGAUCGCCGGCUGGCCGACUUCUAUGCCAACUUCCUGGGGAAGGUGCAGGAGUUUAGCCUGACGGUGGGGCGCGAUGGAGCGACCCGACUGCACGACACGUGGACCAUGCUGCCGUACAAGUGUGCCCAGCUAGAGUUUGCCACGGAAGCGCGGGAUCGCAUCCGGGCGUACUAUCGCAGCGUGAUGGACGAGCAGCGGGCGGUUUGCGAGCGGGACGAGGCACAGCACGCGGACACGUGGAUAUUCCCGCUGAUCGAGAUGGGACAGCUCGGCAUACAUCACGACAGCCUGGCGACGAAGCAGCUGCUGUCGGGUUGUUUGGCCGGCUCGCAGCUGCGGUUGGCGACGGGAUACUUUAACCUAACGGAAACGUACAUGAACACGCUGACGCACGAGUGUCAGGCACAGUGUAACAUACUGAUGGCGCACCCGAACGCCAACGGGUUCCUCGGAGCGAAAGGACCGGCGGGCGGUAUCCCCGCAGCAUACUCCCUGCUGGCGCGCAAGUUUCUCGAGAUGCUGAAAUCGUCCGGCCAAAGCCACCGGGUGGAGCUGCUCGAGUACGAACGACCCGGGUGGACGUACCACGCCAAGGGCCUGUGGUACUAUCUACCCGACUCGUCCCUCCCGAACGUCACCCUCAUCGGUUCGUCCAACUUUGGCGAGCGCUCGGUGAACCGCGACCUCGAGGCACAGAUCUGCGUGGUCACGAAUAACGCCACUCUGCAGCACAAGCUCGAAACCGAGUAUCAAAAUUUGCUCCAGCACGCGACCACCGCCGAAACGGAGCUCAUCAACCGGCCGGUGCCCCGGUGGGUGCGUGCCGUCGUGGGACUGUUUCGCAACUUUUUCUAAUCUCGCCCCGCUUCCGCUGGCGGCCGGUCCGGGUCCGGCCGACGGCAUCAUUGCGCAUCGAAGAUGCGAUACUCGUGAGCCCGCGCGAACAAACGCCUAACGUAUCGAAUACACGUGACAGUCCCGUUGGAGUUGUGAUCAGUGUUAAGCCGACCAAUCGUUCGGUUCCGACAAGGACCUGGGCCCGUGCCCAGGGUUACUUCUAGCUUCUAUUUUCGCCAUCAUGCAUCGCGUUAGCUUAAUCGAAAAAGAAAAUAUCUUGUUACACAAGUUUGUUACCGUUCCAGUUGAAGGUUGCUCCAGCGUGCGUACGACCGAUCACCAAAGGAAGCAGCAAUAGGGAAAAAAUGAAACCGAACAGUUCCUGUGUUGAUGAAGUAAAAGACAUUGUUUUAAAAACAGUAAA